AUGUUCAAGUACUUAUUAUUGGCUGCACUCUUAUGUGUUGCUGUUACAUACGCUGCCACUAUUGAUGGUGUUGUCGUCGUCAAUGUUGGUAACAAUGCUAUCCGUAGCUACGCCGUCACCUCUGGUCUGAGCACAUUCACUGCCACUGGUAACUCUGUCUAUGGUUCGCUCACUGGAGGUGGACUUAAGGCUCACUCCGACUCUGUAUCCUUUGUCUUUAACGGAAAUGGCGCUUGCAAGUACGCCUUCACUCACACCAACCUCGACAUUAGCGGAGGCUCUGCUACUGGAGCCACUGGAGUCAGUGUUACCACUGGAGGCAGUGUCAACUUGGGCGUGUUCGCCUCUGUCUACUCACCAUUCUUGAUCAUCGAGUUCGAGGACACCAACGGCACUCCAGGCUUCCAGCAGGGAGACAAGAUCUUGGGCUGGGCCCGUUUGGACAAAUGGCUCGGAGGCUGGGACAUCCAGACCAAGAGCGCCCCAUACACCACCACCGCCAACAACCAGCAGUACAACUUCACUGUCACCCAGGUCACUGCCAUCUCCCCAGACACCGUCACCACUCUUCGCUUCGGAGUCACUGGUGCCCCAAUCACCUUCAACGGCACGGACCUCAGCUCAGACAUCACCAAGAUCGACGUUGAGAUCAAGAACUACUACGACGCCAACAUCAACAAGGCUUCACCACUGUGCACUGUCGGCGCACCAUACUUUGAGUGCCGUUCGACCGGUCCAUCUGGCAACGCCAACUCUCGCCUGGCCCUCGCCUCAUUCGUCGCCGUCGGUUCUGCUGAGCUGAACGUCCACGCUGGCGCCGUCGUCUCCAAGGGAGUCAACGGAGUGUCUGGUGUCUUUGACUGGGUCUCGACCGUCACUGUCAACGGAACCACCGCCACCGCCACCGUCCACGCCGACACCUACGACCUGAACAAGAACAACACCUACAACGUCCAGUUUGGAAUUGAGGGUCAGAGCACCGUCAGCGCCCAGCUCCUCGUCCACUCCUUCGACACUGUCCGUCCUGCUUCAAUCUACUGGGACCCAACCUUCGGAGGUCAAGCCGGCAACUUUGGAAGUGUCAUCGUCCCAUCCAUCGGACUCAUCCUUGCCCUCGUCUUUGCCUUGUUGCUUUAA